AGCCCCAAGCCCAGCCCAGCUCCCAGGCAACUUUGGCUGUGCCUGCUCUUCCCGGGUGACAUUCCAGCGGAGCGGCCGCUCGGGACACAGCCCCCAAACUUUCCCGGGAAUUUCUGCCGCUGGAAGGGCUGGGAAGGUCGGAGGAGGCGGCCCCGCAGCCCCCGGUCGUGCCCGGUGUCCCCCCCAGCCCCGGUUCGCAGCGGAGCCCCUCGGCCGCGGCCGCCCCCCGACCAUGGCAGCGCUGCCCGGGACGGUGCCGCGGAUGAUGCGCCCGGCGCCGGGGCAGAACUACCCCCGCACCGGCUUCCCGCUGGAAGUGUCCACCCCGCUGGGCCAGGGCAGGGUGAACCAGCUCGGAGGGGUUUUCAUCAACGGGCGCCCGCUGCCCAACCACAUCCGCCACAAGAUCGUGGAGAUGGCGCACCACGGCAUCCGGCCCUGCGUGAUCUCCCGGCAGCUGCGCGUCUCCCACGGCUGCGUCUCCAAAAUCCUCUGCCGCUACCAGGAGACCGGAUCCAUCCGGCCCGGGGCCAUCGGCGGCAGCAAGCCCAGGGUCGCGACUCCCGACGUGGAGAAGAAAAUCGAGGAAUACAAGCGGGAGAACCCUGGGAUGUUCAGCUGGGAGAUCCGGGACCGGCUGCUCAAGGACGGCCACUGCGACCGCAGCACGGUGCCCUCAGGUUUAGUGAGUUCGAUUAGCCGCGUGCUCCGCAUCAAGUUCGGCAAGAAGGAGGAGGACGAGGACUGCGACAAGAAGGAGGAGGACGGCGACAAGAAGGCCAAGCACAGCAUCGACGGCAUCCUGGGCGACAAAGGGAACCGCCUGGACGAGGGCUCAGACGUGGAGUCGGAGCCGGACCUGCCGCUGAAGCGCAAGCAGCGCCGCAGCCGCACCACGUUCACGGCCGAGCAGCUGGAGGAGCUGGAGAAGGCCUUCGAGAGGACCCACUACCCCGACAUCUACACCCGCGAGGAGCUGGCCCAGCGCACCAAGCUCACCGAGGCCCGCGUGCAGGUGUGGUUCAGCAACCGGCGGGCGCGCUGGCGCAAGCAGGCAGGAGCCAACCAGCUGGCAGCCUUCAACCACCUGCUGCCGGGGGGCUUCCCGCCCACGGGAAUGCCGGCGCUGCCCCCGUACCAGCUGCCCGAGUCCUCCUACCCCAGCACCACCAUCUCCCAAGACGGCGGCAGCACCGUGCACCGGCCGCAGCCGCUGCCGCCCUCCACCAUGCACCAGGGCGGCCUGGCCGCCGCCGCCGACUCCGGCUCUGCCUACGGCGCCCGGCACAGCUUCUCCAGCUACUCCGAGAGCUUCAUGAACGCCACAGCCCCCGCCAACCACAUGAACCCCGUCAGCAACGGCCUCUCCCCGCAGGUGAUGAGCAUCCUGAGCAACCCCAGCGGGGUCCCGCCGCAGCCCCAGGCCGAUUUCUCCAUCUCUCCCCUCCACGGCGGCCUGGACAGCACCAACUCCAUCUCGGCCAGCUGCAGCCAGCGCAGCGACUCCAUCAAGUCCGUGGAGAGCCUCCCGACCUCGCAGUCCUACUGUCCCCCCACCUACAGCACCACCAGCUACAGCGUGGACCCCGUGGCCGGCUACCAGUACGGCCAGUACGGGCAGACUGCCGUGGAUUACCUGGCCAAGAACGUCAGCCUGUCCACGCAGCGCCGCAUGAAGCUGGGCGAGCACUCGGCCGUGCUGGGGCUGCUGCCGGUGGAGACGGGCCAGGCCUACUGAGAGCCCCUCGCCAGGGACCCCUGGAGACCCCCGCCGGCCCCCAGGGAUCCUCCCUGCCCCGUUCCACCCCCGCUGCCGAGGCGAUGGGAGACGGGGGAGCUCUCCCAGGAUCCGGCUCCUCCAGAGCAUUCCAGAGGCACGUCCGGCCUCUGGGGCCCGACUCCUCCUGUGGCCAGAGACACCGGGCUGGGUGCAUUUAUCAACCCCGCUCCAGCCCCCCCUCCAAAGCCCUGG